GAAAAAGGCAUCCUCUGCAGACUGUGCCAUGUUCGAUGGGGGUCGCGUGCACUAAUUUCUCGACUUUUUCCGGUCAAUUUUACGGCUGAAUUGCUCGUGGGAAAGUUGCCGACAUCUGCUUCGAGAUGACGCGCAUCAAAGUCUGCCCGACGUCCAACAACACUUUUGAUCGCGCCUUUCACGAUGAGCAAGCACGGCGGAGACGACCUCGACGAUGACUUUGUUCCCGAUGAACUUGUUGCUUUGUCCGAGGAAGAGGAUGCUUAUCACUCGCCAGAGAAUGAGGAUAUAACCGCCCUUCUAAGCGCAGAUGAGGCAGAGCCAGACAAGGAGGAGAUUGCGCGCACAGAGGCUGCCACUGCAAAGAAGAGGAAACGAAGAGAGAAGGAAAAGGAGCGUAAGGCAAAGAAGAAACAAAAUGUAGCACAGGCCGUCAAUACGGUCGAGACAUCAGUUGCAGCUCAAACCCCUCUCGUCCUUACGGAUUACCUGUCUUCAAUGCAAGAAAAAACAUACUCAAAAAUGUCUGCCAUUGAGCUAGCAGAUAUGCGGAUACCCGAGAGCUCAAUAGUGGACACUACUAUGUGGACGGGCUCUCGCAAUUUGGAUCAGUUGGUUGAAUUCAUUACAGAAGUGCUGCCCACGCUUCGCACACGCUUAGCCCAGCGACCCAAAGCCAACGGCACUCCGACUCUAAUAUUCGUCGCUGGGGCUGCUCUACGAGUUGCAGACGCGACACGAAUACUCAGGGACAAGACCCUUCGCGGCGAAAAAGGAGGCGAAGUCGCAAAACUGUUUGCACGCCAUUUUAAAUUGGAGGAGCAUGUUGGCUACCUCAAGAGGACGAAGUUGGCGGUAGCGGUAGGCACGCCAGGACGACUUGGCAAGCUACUCUGUGAUACAGAUGCUCUCUCAACAUCUCAGCUGACCCAUAUCAUUCUUGACGUAUCGCAUCGUGAUGCGAAGAAGCGCACUCUUCUUGAUAUUUUGGAGACGAGAGAUGAGGUAUUCAAGACCGUGCUGGGUUGCCCAUCAGUAUUGGGGAGGAUUAAGGAGGGCAAAGUUCAGAUAGUGCUGCUGUAGUAGUAGUAUUAUUAUUAUGGACCGAAAUGGGGUCGGCAUAUGCAUACUGUACAAACGUAGUAAUGAGUAAUGCACUAGAAGCCCAAUGGGUUUGUUCGCUGGGUGAU